UAGUUAUUAUUACGUUUAGAUUUUAUUAUUUAAAACGAAUCGGCAGCUAGUCACAAGUUUCUCACUCCCGAAAUAAAUAUUUCUAGUUUUAUAAUGGAGGGUAUUGUUUCAGAAAUGUCGCAAAUGUGUGUAAGGAAGGUUCAGACGCCUAAAAUAAUCGUGACUAACACGAUUAUUGUGGGAAUUAAAUUUAAAAAUGGAGUGAUGAUUGCAUAUGAUAUACGACCUACUAUUGGAAAUAACAUUUCAAAUAUCUAUCGACUUCAUGAUAAUAUAUACGCUGCAGUAACCGGAGUUGGCCAGGACAUAUGUGCCUUGGUGAAUGUGACCCAAUCGAAGCUGGAGAUGCACUACAUGACAACCAAUUACCGCCGGAUUCCUGUGCGCUGUGCCAACCAGAUGAUAAAGCAAAUGCUCCAUAGCCAAAUCGGUAGCAUCAAUGUAAACCUCUUGAUCGCAGGAGUGGAUAAAUAUGGGACGUCAAUAUAUUCAACAAGGUUCGAUGGCUCCUCGGAUACUGUCCCAUUUACCGCUAUUGGUUCCGGCAUGAUGAGUGCAAUGUCUGUGCUGGAGACACGAUGGUGCAUGGACUUGGAUGAGGCGAGUGCACUCGAUGUUAUCUAUGAGGCCGUGGCCUUUGGUACGGGGCAGUCCGUGAGCUCUAAAAUGCCCGUUCGACUGUGCAUCUUGUGCAACGAUUACUCGGUGAGACAUGAGACUCUAGGUUCACUCGAUCAUACGCCACGUUUCCAGCCUCCCACUAUAAUGCGAUUUGUACCCAAGAUCUUGCAUGAGAGGGUGGAGACGGUGCAAUCCAGGACUCUUAAAAGCUGGAAGCCCCAAAGUUGUGUCGCCGAAGAAAGAGAAGAAAGUGGAGUAGAAAAAACGGAAGGGAAAGAAGGAAACAGGAGAAAACAGAUGAUGGAGGAGAUAAAUAAGCAGCUGAAGGACUAGGAGAUUAGGUCAAGAGGCCAGGAAAAAGAACGAGAUAUCAGAUCAGAUCGAUAAAUCAGAUAUCUUUGCACCAUUAUCCAGUGCAUUUCGCCAUGUCAGAAUUAAUAUAAAUAAUGUAUAAAAAAGGUCAUAAUUUGACAAUGUGAUUUGCAAAAACCUAUAUUAACCAAAGAUACUAGUUUCAGCACAUAUAAAUAUACUUUUGUCCUGGCAAUGUCUCUUGAAACUGCUCGAUUGCAGUUUUAAAUUAAAUGUGCGAAAAUCUGCACUUGAAUGGCGCCACUUGACAUGCAGAAUCAACUCAUGAAACUUAAGGACUUUACAAUAAUAAAUACUGAUACUCAAGCUCAAGUAGCGAAACAAAAUCAGCAUAAAGUGGCUGCGAACAAACAAUAUAAUAACAACAAGGGGAAUUUGUGACGUUGCAGGGACUGUGUAGGAGUCACCAUCGUAUCUGAUAGUACAUAUACCAUAAGGUACCAACUGAAUGUGUGUUUUUGACCUCCAUACAAAUGCAGAAGUAUGUAUACAAAGCAAAAAGGAUAGUCCUAGAGAUGGUAUCGUGUUGGUAAUGGAAUGAUUAUUCAAACAAAUUGUUAAAAAAACUUAUCUAGAAAUAUUUUAAUUCAAUUUACCGAUGUUAAAAGAUUUAGUUUCACAUUAGUAAAAGGAGAAAAAUUGUGCUUAGCA